UGCGCGCAUCUGUCGCACACUCGUGGUGAAUGAGAGUAGCCAACGAGAAUACUCCGGACUCUCCGUGCCGAGUGGAAUACGUUUAGUGGUGCGGUUACCCUCUACGGACUUUGGAAAAUGGCAUGGUUAUGCGCUCGCACCGUUCUACGCACAUGUCGACGGCCGAUUUCUUACAGUUUAACAUGCGCUCAGAAGAAAUUCGCCGAUCCGCUCGAUCAUGCCACCGGUUUGGAGAAAAGGGAGAUGCUCGCCCGUUUAGCUGGCAACGAAGAUCCCUAUAACAUAACUAUAAAGCGACGACCAGUCAGCACAAAGGAGAAUCCCAAUGUAGUUUAUAGUGCAUUUGAAAGUCGCAUGAUGGGAUGCAUUUGUGACGAGGAUACAUUACACGUAAAUUGGAUGUGGUUGCAUCAAGGUCCUCCGCGCCGUUGCGAGUGCGGCCACUGGUUCAAAUUGGUCGAAAAAGCACCUAUAUAAAAAUAUCGAAGAGUAAUCUAGUGGAUUGUUUUCAACAUAGAAUUAACGUUGCAUUAGACAGUAACUAUGACUACAUUUAUUACCAAAUAUUUUUCCUGUAUCUUGUCCUACAAAUAAACAGAUUCAUUCAUUCUAUCUGUGGGAAAUAAACAUAACUUGAAUAUGUUCUGUUAUCA